AUGUCGGAUACAGUGCAAAGUGGAUCAGGUUUUCAACAAGGAGAUGGAAUACAAGAUGUAUCAUCUGCUGACGAUAUAUCAAAUCUUCAGUGCGUAAAUUUUGAAACUAACACUAGUGAUAAUAGUAAUCAGCAAUUCGUAACAUCUAUCAAGUGUAUAACAUUUCACAGUGGUGAAUGUUAUAAUCAACAGAAUUUUGCGGACAAUUUGGAACUUUCACAAUCUCAGCUACCACAAUUCGUUUCAAUGGUUAAAGAAAAUUAUAAUAGUGUAAGUAUUACCAUACCAGUUGGUGGCACAUUAUCACGUGCUCCACGAAAAAAAAUUGUAAAACGAAAUUCUGAUGGAAAUGGAUUUAAACCAACAUUAAGAGAACGGAAUGCUUCAAUGUAUCUUAAUGAAUGGCUUGCUGAUGUUCAUUUUAUUGUUGGUAUCGAUGAAAAUACAGAGCGAAUUCCUGCGCAUUCAUAUGUUUUGGCAAUAGCAUCAGCACCAUUUAAUGCUAUGUUCAAUGGUGGAUUCGAAAAGCAUAAUGAAAUUAAGUUACCAGAUGUAGAACCAGUUGCAUUUAAAAUUUUACUUAAAUAUCUUUAUUGUGAUAGUAUUGAACUGGAUUCCUCAAAUGCGCUCUGUACACUUUAUGCAGCAAAAAAAUAUAUGAUAACCCAUCUGGUACAAGCAGUCAUUGAUUUUCUUACUUUUAAUUUAAAAGCUGAAAAUGUUUGUUUAUUACUUUCUCAGAGCCAACUUUUCCAAGAUGAACAGGAAUUAAUGGAUAGAUGCUGGAAAUUGGUGGAAGUGGAUGCUGAAAGAGUUCUAAUGUCGGAUGCCUUUUGUGAUAUCGAUUUUACAUUAUUUGAGGAAAUUUUAUCUCGUGAUACUCUUCUUACCGAAGAAAAAUUGGUUUAUGAUGCAGCUUUAAAAUGGGCAGAAGCUGAAUGUGGAAGACGGAAUUUACCUAUUUCACGGGUAAAUGUGCGAAAUGUACUAGGCAAUGCUUUAUAUCACAUUCGCUUCCCUGCAAUGACGAUUUAUGAAUUUGCUAAUGGUCCGGCUAAAAUGGGUUUGCUUACUUGUCAGGAAAUCAAUGAUAUAUUUUUACAUUUUGCUGCGGAAGAAAAGCCUCAAUUACCAUUUUUAAUAAAUAAACGCAAUGGCUUAACAUUGCUUUCAUGUUUUCGAUUUCAGACAGCUUUGGAAGGAACAAAUCAAUGGCGUUAUCGAGGACGAUGUGAUAGUAUUCAAUUUCUAGUUGAUCAGCGUAUAUAUAUUGCUGGUUAUGGUUUAUAUGGUAGUAGUAAAAAAAACUCACAAUAUGAGGUUAAGAUGGAAUUAAAAAGAGGUGAUGAAGUAUUGGAAAGUCAGAAGACAAUUCUUUCCUCAACGGGUAGUUCAGAACCAAUUUUGUUAUAUUUUAAUCAUCCUGUUCAGGUUGAACCGGAAGUGAGACAUACAGCAUCAGUUAUAAUGGAAGGCAGAGAUUUGAGCUUUUUCGGCCAAGAAGGUAUGACUGAAGUUACAGUUAUCAUUGAAAAGGAGCAGAAAAGUGAUGAAAACGAAAAUAGCACUGUGAAUUUUUAUUUCACUCCCUCAGCUGACAGUAAAAAUGGGACGGGUGUUCAAGGCGGUCAAAUACCAGUUAUUGCAUUUUAUGCAUGA